CUCUCAUCGUCAUCUCUUCGAAGUACAUUUAUAUGGUUAGCAGCCAUCUAAGAAAGGUAUAAUAUACAAGUAACUAAUAGGUGAAGUUCGGUGCGGGUCGGCGCCUGGAUCUGCUCACUUGUUUAUUUAUGCUCAGCGACGAUUGUUAGGUUGGGUCAGGCCAGUGAGCGUCAAGUAUUAUCAUCACGUCGGAUCACACGAAAUCACUUGGAUAGGAUAGAAUAGGGUAGAGUAGGGUAGGGCCAAAGACAUUGGGCAUUCCAAAUAGCAAAUCUUCCUAUGGUGGAGCACCCUAACCUGACCCUCAAAAUAACCUUUAUAACCUGGAUACUCUCUGACCUGGUCAGGUUUCGAACAAAAGCACCUGUGUGAAGAGAACCUGCUGGGUGCCGCUGGGUUAGGACAGCUUCGUAGUUUUGGGUAGUAUGUGUCUAGUUAAACCUUGCGAAUUCCUCACUUGCAUCACGUGAAGAUUAUUGACUCUAUAGUAAAACGCUUUAUUUUCUUGUCCUUGUGCAUUGGACAGAAUUUAGUUCGAAAGCUUACCCCUUUCAACCCUACCACUUGUUACAUAAAAUUCGAACCAAGGCAACCGACAAAUUUUAAGUGUGUUGAAGGAAGUCGUAGUGGUUUUGGAAAGGUAGAAAUUAAACAAACAUCAGAUGAUUUCCAAUAAAUUACUGGCUAAAAUUGCUAUCUACACUGGCGUAUUUGGAACAAGUGGAAGUCUAUACUUAUUUUAUAAAGUUCAAAAUGGGCUGAAGAGUUCACCCUACAUGAUAGAGUCUAUGCAAUUACUUCAAGAACAUAAGGGUGCAGUAGAGUAUCUUGGCAAACCAUUAAAGUAUGGUUAUCUAAACUUAAAUUCAGAGCAUAAUUUUUGUGAUGGCUACAAAGCUGAAUUUGAAGUGCCUGUUAAAGGAUCUGUCAACUCUGGUAGCCUGUACCUUAAAGCCAAAAGAGAAAGCCCACAACAGGAGUGGGAUGUUUAUCUUGUAGAAUUUUCACCAGCUAAUUCAUCAAAGCGCCUUGUGGUGAAAAGGCUUGAGUGAUAUAUUACAAAUUUAUGGAGGAAUGUAGAGAGGAGGGGUUAUUGCCCUUUUUAUAAAUUUAAUUUAUUUAAUAAAAUAAUUGAAUUACAAAUUUUCUGAUUCUGCACAUCUCAUGUAAAUUGUUUCACCUAUUUCACACCUUUGCUAUGAGACUGUUUAAAAGAAAAUGCUUGGACAAAAUGUAGACUCAUUACUAAUGCACUUUAGUCAUUUUUGGUUGAGUGGUAACCAAUUUUUACAUCACUGUUAAAAAAAAAGUUCUGUCUUGAGGUAAAUAAAGGCAAAUCAGAUAAGCCAAACAACAAAAUAAAUAUGAUUUUAAAACUAUUGAUCUUCAACAUUGUGGACAUAAUUCAAAAAUUAAAUAUUUUACAGCAGUAGUUUUGAGCAUUUUGUUAAAUUGGCAUGAAACAAAAAAAUUUACAAACUUAUUCUGCUUAUAAAUGUUCAUUACCUUGUAUUUAAACAGUAAUUUAAUUAGGUUGUAUAAUGAACUUUGGAGUGAAAGAGUUCCACAGGAGUUUCAAUUGUUCUAGAAUAAACAGUACCUCAAUAGAUCAUGGGUUUUGAAACCGUAAGCUGAAGAAACGUCAACCUCUUGGUUAAUUUCAAAAUUUAUUUUGCGAUUCAUCUUAUUUUCUAUUGAUACAAAAUGAUGCUAGAAUUAAUAAGAUAAAAGAGUAAAUAUCUUCUCUACUAACC